CCACGGCUAUAUAUAACACUGGUGCCUCGCCACCAGUGCUCCCUGCUUCAAGAACCAACGUGUCCGGCACUCCGGCGUAAGUGAUUAGCCAAUGGAUCAUGGGGGCGGUGCUGGCAGGAGCAGUAGCCGGCUCCGGGACCGGUUGGCCCGGAUGUUCCGGCCGGGCUCGCUCCUCCGCUCGACCUGCAACAACAACACUGCGUCGACCUCCUCCUCGUCGUGCUCUGCAGCCGUGAGCUCGGCGGCGGACGGGGUGACGGCGUCGAAGCCGGCCCCGAGCUCCGCCUGCUCCUCCAGCCGCGCGCUCCUCGCCGCCGACUCCGCCGUGUCCAGGGACAGGGAGUCCUUCCUCACCUCCUCUCGCCGCGAUUACGCCGUCCUCGUCGGCCGCACCGAGUCCUUCUCCAACGCCCUCGACCGCGUGCACCGCCGGGCCGGCAGCGUCGGCGCGGCGCAGCCUCUGGUUCCCUCUCGCUUCUCUAUGCACGCGUCGCCUCUGAUGGAGAGCGAGAAAAAGGAAAAAGAGAAGAGCCCUCUCUACUGUCAUCCGCGCCACCGCCACCGCCUCGGUGGCAGCGCCAAGAGCGACAAGAGCAAGAAGCUGCUCUCGAGCAACCCCUACGGCUUCAGCAGCUCGAACGACGACGACGCCGACACCGACGGCGACGACGUCUUCAGCAGCGACGCCGACGAGCGCGGCCGCGGCGGCGCCAAGAAGGGGGAGGCGGAGGCCUUCUUCUCCUCCUCCAGAAGCUUCUCCUUCUCUUCGGACUCCUCCGAGUUCUACACCAAGAAGAAGAAACCUGCGAAGAAGUCCCCCGCCGCGGUGGCGCCCAAACCGCCGGUGCCGGUGGCGCAAAGGACAAGGAGGCAGAGACGCAAGCAUCGACGCGCGGCGAGCAGCUGCGACACGUGCGGCGUGAAAGAAGGGUUCCGGCCGGUGGUGUCGGCGGCGGAGGAGCAGGUCCGCAGGGGGUUCGCGGUGGUGCAGCGGUCGCGGGACCCCUACGCCGACUUCCGUGCGUCGAUGGUGGAGAUGGUCGUGAGCAGGCAGAUGUUCGGCGCGGCGGAGCUGGAGCGGCUGCUGCGGUCGUACCUCUCCCUCAACGCGCCGCGCCACCACCCCGUCAUUCUCCAGGCCUUCUCCGACAUCUGGGUCGUCCUCCACGGCGGCUAAGCUGGCUAGCUAGCUAGCUUAGCUCCCUAGCUCGCCUAUCACUCAAUUAGUCAGCUCUUAAUCAAAGCCCCAAGACGCUUAGUAAUUCACUAGGAACACUAGGAAUGUCUCCUUAAUUAGUCACUCGCAGUGUUCAUCAAUUCGAUCUUAGUUUUAAUCUUGGCUGUGCAGUGUGCAGUUCUUGCUGUAAUAAUGUAUCGCCGUUCUUGGCUCUGAGCCUCUGACCACCCAGUGUGCGAAAGCUAGCUUCUGAUUUGGAAUUGGUUUCAGAACUGACCAGAGGGCGCCGUGGGUUUGUUUGCUAGCUACACGGGAGAUGUACGGCGUUUUCUCUUGGGAGUCAAUGAUUUGAAAAUCA